AUGUCCGACGACCAGCAGUACUACGAACAACUCUUCGAGUUCGCAUACGGCGUCGUGGAGCAGGCGUCCAAGCUCAUCCUGGAAGGUGCCGCCGCGCGUUGGAAGCUCGCUGGGGACGAUUACGAGGUCAAGAAGAACCCCGUCGACCUGGUCACGGAGACAGACCAGGCGGUGGAAGAGUUCAUCAAGAGCGCCAUCGCGGAACGCUACCCUGACCACAAGUUCAUCGGCGAGGAGUCGAGCGAGGGGAAAGACAAGCCAGUACUGACGGACGCGUAUACAUGGGUCGUGGACCCGAUUGAUGGCACGAUGAACUUCAUCCAUGCCAAUCCCAACGUCGGCUGCUCUAUAGGUGUUACGCACAACUCGCGCCCCGUCGUCGGCGUGAUCGCGUUGCCGUUCCUCGGACGCAUUUACUCCGCCCGCGAGGGCGGUGGCGCGUUCAUGAACCGCACGAUCCCCCUUCCGCUGACGGGUGGCAUCCCGCAGCCGCUCACGCAGCUGAGUCAUUGCAUGAUCGCGGCAGAGUGGGGCUCUGACCGCCGUCCGGACACUAUCGACGUCAAGCUGCCCAAUUUCCGGCGGUUGAAUGGUGACCCGAGCAAGGGGAUCCCGGACGGUGUCAUGGUGCACGCGCUAAGGACGACUGGGGCCACGACGAUCAACCUCGCCCAUGUCGCGGCGGGCGAGUUGGACAUGAGCUGGGACGCUGGGUGCUGGGCCUGGGACGUGACGGCCGCCGCCAUCAUCCUCAAGGAAACAGGUGCCUUCCUCCAAGGUGGCAAGGAGGAAUUUGCACGCGAUGCACCUAUCGGCGACGUCCUCAUGUGCCGACGAUACGUGGCCGUGCGUGCUGUCGCGCCGACCGCGACAGAGAGUGCAGAGGAGAUUCAGCGACGCCUCUCGCGCGAGUUGUACGGCGUCGUCGACGAGUGGACGACGCCCAGCAUGCUGUAG